ACACUGUCUGGUCACACAGUAAUGAGCAAACCACAAGCGCUUCGUUUUUAUUCGCGAAAUUUGUUAAUUAAAGUGGAAUUUGGCAAGAAUUGGAAGAUUAAUAAGUGAAGUGAGUGAGCGCGCAAAUUGGAGAUGCAUCCGGGCCAGUGAGCGAGUGCGUCCGGAGCCGAGCUGGCGGCGGCAGCGAAAUGCGCAGCGCUAACAACGCAAAAGUAGAGCAGUUGCUGUAACGGUACGUUGGCAAGGGGGAAGGGGCUGAAGGAAGGAAGGAGGGAAGGCAAAGGCAAAGCAAGAAGCGUCUUGAUUUUCGGAUAGCCAACCUAACGGGACUAUCUGAAAAAAAAAGGUCCGACAGAUGGAGCCCCCAGCAACACCAGUGGCUCUCGCGCCUUUGGCAGCCUCGACGUCAUGCCUGGCCGACAGAAGUCCCGUCGAGCCUCUGGCACUGCGAUCCCAAGCAGAAGAAGCAGAAGAGGAGGACGACGAAGAUGAUGAUGAUGAGGAGGAGGAAGAGGAAGAAGACGAAGAAGAAGAGGAGGAGGAGGAGGACGAUGAUGCGAAGGAGGCCUUUUAUGAGGCGAGAAAUGGCAACGAAAGCGACGAACUGGAGCAGGCCUUUCAAAGUGCUCUUACCUUGGAUGUUCAGGUGAAUGUGAGUGAAGUGCCAGAGGAUUCACCCAAAGGUGGUCUGGUUAGGGAUGAGCCGGCGCGGGAGCAGAACCUCCAGGAGGAGCUGCAGCUUCAAGGAGCCUGCGGGUUGGCCAAGCCAUCAUCCACCAAUCACACCUCGAAAGAAGAUAAGCCCGUAGAACCACACGAACCCCGUCACCAGACCCUGCUAUCCACCAAAUCCUGCGAAACUCCAGCCAAUACCAGCACGCUAUCGCCCACCAACUCCUACAACGGCAGCAUCGGCAGCGACGGCGGCAGCAGUGUGGGUGGCGGUGCCCGACGCAAGUCCUGGACCCUGUCGCCCCAAAGCGGCAACUCCACUCCCCUCAGCGGAGCCAAGAAGAAGACCAAAGCGGGAGCCACGGCAGCACCCAGCUCGAGCUUGUCCAAUACGAACGGCGAGGGGUUCAACCUGUGGGUGGCACGCGAGUGCUUCGAGACUGUGCCGGCCGAGAUGGUGGACACGUUGAGCAUGGCCGAGGUCAACGAGGAGGUGGACGAGGAAGACGAGGAGGAGGAUGAAGAGGCGGCCGCCGUGGAGAGCCUUCUGGGGGCGGCAGCCGCGCUACAGGCCUCGGCCCACGUGCAGCGCCGCCAACAGCAGCAGAAGCAGCAACACCAGCAACAGCUCCAAGCACACCACCACCAGCAGAUCCAACAUCAUCACUUGAGGCAACCAUCGCCGCCACAACAUCGACCCCUGGAACGCUCCUGGCCGCCGAGAGCUGUGGGGCGUGAUCUCAAGCUGCAGGGCGAUGUCUUUCAGUUCGACAUCCUCGACACGGACGAAAGACUGGCGGAGGAUCUGCCAGCUCCAGGCAGUGGCAGCUCCAACAACAACUCGCCCCUGGCCACGCCGCCAGUGCGCUUCAAGCCUCUACUGAAGAAGAAGAUCGGGCCGGAUAGCUACAUCAACACCAUCAGCACCCAGAAGGUGCCAGCGCAUCAGAGCUACGAGUUCCCGACCUUCCCGAGCUCGUCCGGCGGCGUGGCCUCUUCCUCGGCAUCCUCGUCCUCGCCGAACAACCUCCAGUUCCCGUAUCUCCGCCAGCACCGUCCACUCACCCGCGCCCUGUCCAACGGCAAGGCCAGUUCUUCGGAGGAGCAAGCCUCGCCCCGACUCCUGCUCUCGCCCAAGCGGCCACGGAGUCCCCCAUCUGGGUGCUCAACGCGCAGCGCCUCGCCCUUGGAUUUGAGUCUCAGCCCGGAGCAGCACUCCCCCACCCGCGGCAGGGGAGUGGGUGGCGUCCUGCAGGACCCAGUGCCACCGGGAACACCCACAUUCCACGGCCAGCGGCCGCAGCAGAGGCUCCUGAAGCGUGUGGGCGGCGGAGCUGGAGCCGGAGCGGGAGUUGUGGCCAGCGGCUCCUCUCUGGUCUGCCCGCCAACACCCACUCACCAUGCCCGGCGGCAUGCUCGCCUCCAAGCCGUCACUGCCAACUCGAGCCUCGCCAGCGGCGGCGGAGUGCCGCACCUAGCGGACGCCACACCGUCCGCCACCGCCUCUAGUCAAUUGGAUUACAUUUACCUGCAGGACGACGGUGCUGCACCGGCGCCGUCGGGCCAGGACGCGGCCAACGGCGACGAGGUGGUGCACAUCAGCAGCACCCGACUGCCCUCCAUACCCGAACGCAGUGCCGCAGCGGCGGCGGCAGCGGCAGCAGCAGCAGCGGCCGCUGCAGGAGCGGCUCUCAUGGAGCCCGGAACGGGAGCCGGAUCGGGUGGUGGAGUGGUGGGCAGUGGCGCCACGGCAACCGGAGAGCCACCGUUGCCGCCGGCGUGGGAGGCCCGGAUGGACAGCCACGGUCGGAUCUUCUACAUCGAUCACACGACGCGGACUACCUCCUGGCAGCGACCGGGAGCGGCGCCCAGUGCCGGGCCAGCGGGACGGGAGCAGCACCAUCGCCAGCAGCUGGACAGACGCUACCAGAGCAUCCGCCGGACCAUCACCAACGAGAGCCGGGCAGCCCAGCUCUACAACCUGCCGACAUCCGGCGGCGGUACAACGAAUCCGGCCGCUCCCACGGCAUCGCCGCCGCCGACGGCUACCUCGUCGGCCGCCUCCGGCCUGCAUCCCGCCAUCCUGAUGCUCUGCCGGCCGGACUUCUACUCGCUGCUGCACACCAACGAGGCCGCCCUGGCGAUCUACAACCGGAACGCCGCCCUCAAGCACAUGGUGAUGCGGAUCCGGCGCGACCCGCAGUGCUUCCAGCGGUAUCAGUACAACAAGGACCUGGUGGCCCUCGUCAACACCUUCGCCCAGCUGAACCGCGAACUGCCCUCGUGCUGGGAGACCAAGCUGGACCAGUCCGGCAAGCAGUUCUUCAUCGACCACCAGCACCGACGCACCUCCUUCAUGGAUCCCCGCCUGCCGGUGGAGUGUCCACGGGUGGUGCGCCACCGCCAGCAGCAUCCCCAGCAGCCGACUGGCUAUUGCCAUCCCGACCUGGUGGACGGCAACUGCCUGUCGGCCACCAGUGGUCACAUCAGCGCCAGUCCAGCGUCCUCCGUCUCCGGAGUACCGCCCCUGCCGCCGCCCAGACCCCUGUCGUCAUCCGGCACCUCGCGGAGUCACGGCCAUGGCCACAAUUGCACCACGGCGGCGGCCAUCGCCUGCCUCAGUCUGGGCGGGGCAGCGGGCGGAGCUGUAGGCGUGGGCGUGGCAGCCGGAGCAGGAGCCGCCGCCGCCGGAGGAUACGAAGACGUCCCCAUUGCAUACAACGAAAAGGUGAUAGCCUUUCUGCGCCAGCCGAACAUCCUGGAGAUCCUGCGGGAGAGGCAGGGCCAGCACACCGUCUCCCGGUCCCUGCGUGAGAAAAUCAAUAUAUUGCGAGUGGAGGGAGUCCCGGCCCUCGAGCGACUGGGCCAUGACCUACAAUUGACCAUUUUGCUGAGCCUGUUCGAGCAGGAGAUCAUGAGCUAUGUUCCCAUUGAGGAGCGCAGUCCCCAGGGCUCGCCCGUUCUCAGCUCCCGGAUGCCGCAGAGGGCGCCGCCACCCUUCCGGCGUGACUUUGAGGCCAAGCUAAGGAGCUUCUACCGCAAACUGGAGUCCAAGGGAUACGGCCAGGGGCCACACAAACUCAAGCUCCACAUCCGACGCAGCCACUUGCUGGAGGACGCCUUCCGGAGGAUCAUGUCGGCCAACAAGAAGGACCUGCAACGCGGUCGCCUGGCGGUGCUGUGGGACACGGAGGAGGGCCUGGACUACGGCGGGCCCUCGCGCGAGUUCUUCUUCCUGCUCUCGCGGGAGCUCUUCAAUCCGUACUACGGCCUGUUCGAGUACUCCGCCAACGACACGUACACGGUGCAGGUGUCGCCGCUGUCGGCCUUCGUGGACAACUGUCAUGACUGGUUCCGGUUCAGUGGCAGGGUGCUGGGCCUGGCCCUGGUCCACCAGUACCUGCUGGACGCCUUCUUCACCCGGCCCUUCUACAAGGCCCUGCUGCGGCUGCCGGUGGCGCUGAGCGAUCUGGAGUCGCUGGACAACGAGUUCCACCAGUCGCUGCAGUGGAUCCGCGACAACGAUAUCGGCAGUGGCGUCGAUCUCGGUCUCACGUUCUGCGUUACGGAGGAGCUGCUGGGCCGGGUGGUGGAGCGGGAACUGAAGCCGGGCGGCAAGAACAUGAUCGUCAACGAGAAGAACAAGAAGGAGUACCUGGAACGGAUGAUCAAGUGGCGCUUGGAGCGCGGUGUUCAGGAACAAACCGAAUCGCUGGUCAGGGGCUUCUACGAGGUGGUCGACUCCCGGCUGGUCUCCGUCUUCGAUGCCCGGGAACUGGAGCUGGUGAUCGCCGGCACUGCCGAGAUCGACACCAAUGACUGGCGCCUGAACACCGAAUACCGUUCCGGCUACCAUGACAACCAUCAGGUGAUCGUGUGGUUCUGGCAGGUGAUCGAACGGUUCAGCAACGAACAGCGCCUCCGGCUGCUGCAGUUCGUCACCGGCACCUCGAGCAUCCCCUACGAGGGCUUCUCCGCCCUGAGGGGUUCGACGGGACCCCGGCGCUUCUGUAUCGAGAAGUGGGGCAAGCCGAAUGCCCUGCCCCGUGCCCAUACCUGCUUCAAUCGUCUGGAUCUGCCGCCGUAUCCCACGCCGGAGCUGCUCUACGAGAAGCUAUUGCUGGCCGUCGAGGAAACGAAUACGUUUGGUAUCGAGUAGUCAUGUGAUGCACCAAAAAAAAAAAACCCCAACAACAAAAAACACAACAAACACCAAACACACACACCUAUGACAUACACCUGAAGCGCUUUACUUUCGAUUUUAGAUGUUUUUUUUUUAUCUUAAUUGUCUAAGGCUUAGUUUAUAGCCCCUCCCUGGCUGAGAGCAGACCCCAAUCUCUGGGUGUUUUUCAAGAAUAAGAGUUAAGAGUGUCGAGAUCAAGAUCAUCAGUAGCAGUAGCAGAAGAAACUGAAGCAGAAGAAAGCAGAAAUCAGAAGAAUCUAUGAAAAAGGUAGCAGAGAAAUCAACGAUAGAAUUACUUGCUGGGAUUAUAGUAGCAGCUGUAACCCACGUAAGUUGCCAGUUUAUAUAUUUGGUGAAAGGUUUCUAUUUU